GAGUCCAUACAAACUCAUCUUAUCCUCCUCCUUUCUGGACACAAUCUUCCCACAUCACCUCCUUCCUUGUCUCUCUGAUUUAACAGACUUCCAAACUCGUCUCCACCACCCCCGAAAACCAACAAUGGCUGCAGCAGCAGCAGUGGGCUCAGCUUUCUCCACAUCUCUUCACGCACUCAAAUCCCUGCGUUCAAACAAGCUCCAAUACCCAUUUGAUCAUUCCCUUCUCAGACUAACCCCACCUUCACCUCUCCCUUUAACAUCUUCAUGUGCCAUCGAACCACUCAUUUCGUGUGCCGGUCUUCCCCACAAGUUGCGUCUGCUCAAAACAUCGGCGGCUGUUGCGCAGGAAGAGGCGGCUGCUCCCGCCUCCGUGGAGGAAGGAGAUGCGGAUGCUGGUAAUCAGGCUGAGAGCAGCAGUGAAGGUCCUGUUAACACUAAACUUUACUUUGGGAACUUACCUUACAAUGUCGACAGUGCAAUGCUAGCUGGGAUCAUACAAGACUAUGGUAGCCCGGAGCUUGUUGAGGUUCUUUAUGAUAGAGAAACUGGAAGAAGCAGAGGUUUUGCAUUUGUGACAAUGAGCAGUAUUGAAGAUUGCAACACAGUUAUUGAAAAUCUUGAUGGAAGUGAAUAUUUAGGUCGAACUCUGCGGGUAAACUUCUCCGACAAGCCUAGACCAAGACAACCUUCGUAUCCUGAAACUGACUAUAAACUUUUUGUUGGGAAUUUAUCUUGGUCAGUCACAUCCGAAAGCUUGACAAAAGCUUUUCAAGAAUAUGGAAAUGUAGUUGGAGCACGGGUUCUGUACAAUGGGGAGACAGGAAGGUCGCGUGGCUAUGGUUUUGUGUGCUACUCAACCAAAUCAGAGAUGGAAGCUGCUCUUCAAUCUCUUAAUGGAGUGGAACUUGAAGGACGGGUAAUGCGUGUAAGCCUGGCUGAAGGGAAAAAAUCAUAGGAUCUUCUAGUUUGAAAAUGUAACAUUGAAGAGAAAGAAAGUCAAGCUAUAUGGUGUAACUGAGUUUGACAAUGAAUGACUUAUUCAUUUCGUAUGAUGUAUAUAAUCAGGAAAAUUCUUUGCAUUUGUAUCUAUCACAGGUACACCAGACAGUGUAACACUUGAGAAACUAGUAUUUGCUUGCAAAAGCU